AUGCUCAGAAGUGCUACGAGCAAUUGUGGGCAGUUGUAUUGUGGAGGCAUGGUUUCUAUUAUUGCUGAGCGUCUUGGCCUCCAUCUACCCAAUAACCCAACAAAUAUAGUCAUAGGCCAUACUCAUCUAUCAAUUGAUGUUAUGGAAACAAUGCAUCUCUUCCACCGCCUUCCCACUGGGGAUGUUCAUUGGAUAGUAGAUGGGAAAGAGUAUCUACACAUAGACAGCAGAAACAAGAAGAUACUCAAUUUAGCCAAUGACAUUCCAUCAACCACUUGGAAACUCAGAUCUAACUUAGGUGUUACAGUAGAUCAUAGUCCUCCACCCUCUCCUCCUCCUGCUCCUACUGCUGGUGCCUCUAGCUCAUCUCGCCCCAUUCCUUUUUCUGAACACCAUCUUUAUAUGGGCGAGACUACCGUAACUUGCAAGAAGAGCAUUGGGCCCAACAAGAGUUGCGGUGGGCUGAACAGGAUCAAAGAUGGGCCGCUCAAGAGCAGCACAACCGCAACAUUCAUCAUCUGCUUGAGCGAUAUCCAUAGAGUUAUUGUGCUUCACACAGAACCACAUCAACCAUCAGCAUCCCAACCCCAAUGA